AUGGGCUACAUACGGCAAGAACAGCUGCCCAAGCUCAAGGAGUACAAAUAUUCAGGCGUCGACAGGAGUCUCAUCUCCCGAUAUGUCUUGAAGCCGUACUGGUGGAGCCAGGUCAUCGAGCUCUUCCCGCUGUCCAUGGCCCCCAACGCCAUCACUCUGUCCGGCUUUGCAUUCGUCAUCAUCAACGUCUUCACCAUGCUCUACUACACGCCGAAUCUUGACCAAGAUUGUCCUCCAUGGGUGUACGCCAGCUGGGCCAUCGGACUGUUCCUGUACCAGACUUUCGACAGCAUCGAUGGUUCCCAAGCGAGACGAACCCGUCAAAGUGGGCCUCUGGGCGAACUGUUCGAUCACGGAGUCGAUGCUCUCAACACCUCGCUGGAAGUCUUGCUCUUUGCUGCCGCCAUGAACUUUGGCCAAGGAUGGAGGACCGUGUUGGUGCUCUUUGCGUGUCUGCUCACUUUUUAUGUCCAGACAUGGGAUGAGUAUCACACCAAGACCCUCACACUCGGUCUUGUAUCUGGACCAGUCGAGGGCAUCUUGACCCUCUGCAUCGUCUAUGCUAUCACUGCGUAUGUUGGAGGUGGUAGCUUUUGGCAGCAGUCGAUGCUCUCCGCGCUGCAUGUCCCUCACUACGACUGGCUGCCUGAGCGUCUUUACCAGAUGGACUUUGGCGACUUCUACAUGGUGUACGGAGGCUUGGUCCUCAUCUUCAACACUGUCGAUAGCUCACGCAAUGUCAUGGCCGCACGCCGCGAACGAGGCGAACCAGCACGUCAUGCCCUGCUUGGCCUCUUGCCAUUCUUCUCGUCCUGGGCGCUGAUCGCAGCAUACCUCGCCCUGCAGCCAAACAUCCUCUACAAUCACCUCAUCCCCUUUGUGCUCUACGUUGGACUCAUCAAUGCCUACAGCGUCGGCCAAAUGAUCACAGCCCACCUCACCAAAUCGCCAUUUCCCUACCAGAACGUGCUGGCUUUGCCUCUCAUCUACGGCGUCCUGGACUCAGUUGGACCCGUCCUGCAAGAAAACAUUGGCUUCGGCUGGCCCAGCGCACUCGGUGAUGGCGUCUACCAAGUCGCCUUCAUGUUCACCUGUCUCGGCUUCGCAUUUGGCGUCUACGGCAGCUUCGUCCUCGACGUCAUCGUCACCAUUUGCGACUACCUCGACAUCUGGUGUCUGCGCAUCAAGCACCCCUACACAGGUGAAACCGAAACGAGCGGCACCAAGACCAUCAACGAGAAAAAGGCGGCUUAA